UUAACCGCUACCGCAUUCCACCAGGGCACUUCAUCACUGACGCUCUCUCAUCCACCUGUCCUUCCCUUCUUGCCACUGAGGAAAAUUAUUUUUUUUUUUUUUAACCAGCUUUUGAAGGAAAAUUAAAAAUGGCGAGCAGCUUUUCAAGACUCCUGACGUCCAAACGAAAAAUUGGGAUCUUGUCGUUGGUUGGAGGAGCAGCAACGGCUGGAUUUCUGCUUCACCGGGAACAUGUCAACGCCGGGGUCCCUGUACGUAGGAGUUACCCCGCCAGUGCAGAGUACCCUGACCUGCGCAAACACAACAACUGCAUGGCCAGUCACCUGACACCUGCUGUCUAUGCCAAGCUGUGUGAUAAAGCCACUCCCAAUGGUUACACACUGGACCAAGCCAUCCAGACGGGCGUGGACAACCCCGGGCACCCCUUCAUCAAGACCGUUGGCAUGGUGGCAGGAGACGAGGAGUCUUACGAGGUAUUUGCAGACCUGUUGGACCCAGUCAUCAAAGAGAGACACAACGGAUAUGACCCUCGCGCCAUGAAGCACCCCACUGACCUGGACGCCAGCAAGAUCCAGUCAGGCCAAUUUGACGAGCGGUACGUGCUGUCAUCCAGGGUUAGAACAGGUCGUAGUAUCAGGGGUCUAAGUCUGCCCCCUGCCUGCACCCGGGCAGAGCGUAGGGAGGUGGAGAGGGUGGUGGUGGACGCCCUUGCUGGCCUGAAGGAGGACCUUGCUGGGAGGUACUACAGUCUCACCCUGAUGACAGAAAAAGAGCAGCAACAGCUCAUUGAUGACCAUUUCCUGUUUGACAAGCCCGUGUCACCCCUCCUGACAUGUGCAGGCAUGGCUCGAGACUGGCCUGAUGCUCGUGGUAUCUGGCACAACAAUGAGAAGACAUUCCUGGUUUGGAUCAAUGAGGAGGAUCACACCAGAGUCAUCUCCAUGGAGAAAGGAGGGAACAUGAAGCGGGUCUUUGACAGGUUCUGCAGAGGCCUGAAGGAGGUGGAGCGUCUGAUCCAGGAGAAAGGCUGGGAGUUCAUGUGGAACGAGCGCCUAGGUUACAUCCUCACCUGUCCGUCAAAUCUGGGCACAGGGCUCAGAGCUGGUGUUCAUGUCAAACUUCCCCUGCUGAGCAAGGAUCCUCGCUUUGGUAAGAUCCUAGCCAACUUGCGUCUGCAGAAGCGAGGGACAGGCGGUGUGGACACGGCUGCUGUGGGUGGUGUGUUUGACAUCUCCAACCUGGACCGUCUAGGACAAUCUGAGGUCCAGCUGGUGCAGACGGUGAUUGAUGGCGUCAGCUACCUGGUCGAGUGUGAGAAGAGGCUGGAGAGAGGCCAGGACAUCAAGGUGCCCCCACCCAUCAAGCAGUUCAAGUAGAAACUGACCCCUGACCUCACCCCACAAAGCUCUGGGCACACACACAUGCACAAACACCCCCUCUGUGCCCGUAGAUAUUAUAAAUAUCUAUGUCAACGCCUCAUUUAUUACUGCUUCUACUACUACUUAUCUCCUCACCUCUCCUUCACCCCUCCCUCUCAGUAUACCUCUCUCUGAUAUAAUCUAAAUGUAAACAUGCAGCUAUCUGGCUCAAUCAAAGUCCCACUAUACUGCAUUUGGCUUCAAAGUGUUUGAGAAGCUUUUAAAGGAUUUUAAUCUUAAAUACAAACCUUAAUCUAACAUGGCAGCAAAUAUCAAUGAAGGAUGCACAAACUGUAAUGGGCAAACAUGGCCGCCAGUUUGCCCAUCUUUGCAUGGCCAAACAGUAUCUGCGGCUCUCUUCGGCCCACCGAACCUGGCUUUACCCCGCCUCUCCCCCUUCCUUACGCAUGUCCUAUAUUCAGCCUUUGUCUGCCCCUCUCAGUCCUGUGUGUUGUUUGGUCAUGACUACUAUUUGGUGCUUAUGAGGUCCGUCCAUUUGUGCUUUAUUUCCAUUGUGGGUUGUGUGUUCUUCACACCAUUCUGAGUGGGUCUGAAUGUAGGAUAACAGGGUAAGACUGAGGAGACUUUCUCCUGACGAUUUGUAUGUUUGAUGACACACUGGUGUCAUACUGUAAUGUAAUAACACACACUGGCCGGGCUGGGUUCUGUACUGUAAGCAAUAUCAUUCCAGCUCAUCACUGAAUGUCUCACAGUAAUGUCUUUUAUUAAAGAAAUCAUCUAUUUAACAGUAA